GUUUAAAUGUUGGAUGCUGCUCCGCUUGAUGCAUCUUGCUUCGCCUCGACAUGUCUAAAUUUGGCAAGGCAUAUUCAACAUUCAUUCACUCCGAUUCUGAAGAGAUGUUACUUUGGCCACAGGAACAAGAGGGGGGGAGGUCACCUGCUGUGGAGUGAAUAUCCACUGAGUGAUCAAGCACAUACAACACAAGAUAUAACAGUAACACAUCCUUUGCCUUCUUAUUCCUCCAUCUCCUCUCUCACUUCCACCUCCAACCUCUUCUCUCCUCUCAACCCAACAUUCUCGACCAUCAGAAUCUCACCAACCAAGACAAGACAAGACGACCCAACCAUCAAGAUGCGUUUCCAGCAUCUCCUCCUCCAUCUCCUCCUCGUCCUCCUGGACACCCUCUACCUCACCACCGCGACACCUCUCCCCAACGACACUCCGAGCUCCACCACCUCUACCGUGACCACCAUCACAAACCCAGGAACUCCGAACGCAGUACACCUAGCAACAAGCUUCAUCUCGCUCUCGCACGCGCUCACCUCGCAGCGCCUAACCAACUGCCCACUGGAGCUAAUCCCCUUCAACGAUACCACAGCCGGAACUCCCAAAGACCCCAAACACAGCUACGAAUCCACCACAGCCGGACCAAACCCAGCGCACCUCACCCCGCCAUCCGCGCACCUCGACCUAAAAUUCAUCGCCCUAGGCCGCGGCACCCAGAACUACACCUGCCCAACGACCCGAAACAACUCAAUGCGCGUCCCCAUCGCCACCGGCGCCGUCGCCACGCUCUACGACGCAUCCUGUCUCAUCUCGUCGUCCUCGUCGGGAGGCGCUCAGCUCCUACACGCUCUACCCUCGUUCACACAGCCCAUCUCGCAGGAGGUGUUGGCCUUGUACGCGGUGUUGCUGUCCCGGGAGGCGAUCAUCGGGGAGCAUUAUUUCUCGGCGGAUGGGGUGCCGGUCUUUGAUCUUCAUGCUGCGUGGUACGGGAAGGAAGGCGGGAGAUAUGAGGGGACUUGGGUAAGGACUAAAAAGGUGGAGAGUGUGGUUGCUUCUGAUGCGGGAAGAGAUGUGCCGUGGUUGAAGUUGGUGGGGGUCGAGGGGAAGGGGGUUGAGGAGGUUUAUCGUGUUCAUACGGCUGGAGGGGCCAGUCCGGCGACUUGUGCGGGGCAGAAGGGGGAAUUUGGGGUUGAGUAUGCGGCUGAGUAUUGGUUUUAUGGAUGAGAUGAGAUGACUUGUAAUGUGAUGUGAGCUUUGGUGGUGUUUGUGCCGGUGGAUGAAGGAUGCGGUGGUGAGAUGGGUGAUGACACUCGGAAAGGACGGUUUGUGUUGAUAUGGGUUGCUUACCAUGCUGUUUGCUUGUGCAAAUUGCCUACUUGUGCUUGUGCAAGACAGAGGG